GCGACCGAGAUCGACAUAUUAUGGGCAGUGGAUCCAGGUCGACCUGGGUAAACCCACGGCAGUUACUGGGCUCACCAUGCAAGGCAGAUACUCCACUUCCUCAUAUUUUGUCAGGGCAUUUUCAGUGCAGUACAGCAUGACGGCGGAUUCCGGUGACUGGAGUAGCUUGUCUAACGACGUUGGACAAACUGUCACGUUCAGAGUGAGUAGUGGUGCAGCGACAAAUGUCACCUUCCCGAUGGUAAACCUUGCGAGGUUUAUUCGCAUUUUCCCAUCUCAGUGGCAAGGUAGCGGCUACUUUCUGAGAUUUGAGGUGCUCGGAUGUCAAGUUCCGGAUGAUGGCGAGAUUAAGUUGGUUGACGGCGACGACGAAAGAAGCGGCCGAGUGGAAAUCUACCACCACGGCGAAGGGGUGAGCUGGGGAGCCGUCUGCGCCAGUGACUGGGACAUCAACGACGCUGACGUCGUGUGUCGUCAGCUGGACCUCGGCGCCGCAGUCCAGGCUAAUAAAGCAUCGGAGUACGGGACAGGCGACUUGCCCGUCGUGAUGAACAAAGUGGCCUGUGAGGGGACAGAGAGCAGGCUGGCUGACUGUCCGUUUGUCUGCACCGCCUAUCAGCAGUGCAACAACUCCGACGUAGCCGGGGUAGUCUGCCUGCCCAAGCUAAACACCAUUCGGUUGGUGGGAGGCUCAAACUCUAGCGGCCGGGUGGAGAUCUACCGCAACGAGACCUGGGGCACCAUAUGCGACAACAAGUGGGAUAUCGACGACGCUACCGUGGUAUGCCGCGAACUGGGCUUCUCCGAGGCUGAAGAGGCCAAGAUGGGGGCCUACUUCGGGCAGGGCAGCGGCCCUGUCCACAUGGAAGGCGUGGCCUGUGAGGGCUCGGAGGAGGCGCUCGGCGACUGCCCGUCCCAGUGCUGGGAGGAGUCGACUUGCGGCCACACCCAAGAUGCUGGAGUGGUCUGCCGUUAUGAUGACGACAACAUUCUUGGCGGAAUUGGGGCUCAGUAAUAGAUGACACACUUCCAUUGAAACGUGUCCAUUAUACUCUGAUUCGUCAAGGUUUCGAUCGCCUGACGUUUUAAUAAACAUAACUACUAUGUAAUACGUACACGUACAUGGUGAGGCGAAAAGAAAGUGACCUAAUGCAACAAACACAUUUCACAAAAUGUGUGGCUCGCUCCAUUUAAUAAAAAUUAACAAAGGGAUAAAGUGUAUAUUAUUGACCAGUAAACUGUGAAAAUUUGGGUACUAUGUUCACAAAUUAUGUCUUAUUUCAAACAUAACAACAUUCAGCUGUCCAUCAAUGAUCAUUUACCUUUCAUAUACAAUGAAAACAGAGCGUUUUCUUGCCUACGUGAAUGAACGAAAAUUUGCGUAGGAAAACAGAAGAAAAAAAUCACCAUUAUUAUUUCAGGGACAAAAUCCUCACAUUCAAAACACAAAAAUCAGA